UACUAUAUAGUCAUCAUGUGGAAGAUAAUAAUGUUGUAUAUCGUGACCAUGGGCGUAGCUAUCGUUGACAAGGUUAGCUACGAAGGUUACAAACUCUUCAGCAUUGUCCCGAAAACACAAUUGGAGUUGGAGCUACUUGAAGAAUUAAGAAGGUUGGGUAACGCCGAAUACAACUUCUGGCAAGUACCAAGUGUGUUAGACAGAGAAGUUAUUUUUAUGGUUCCUCCACGCAAUUUAGAUGAAUUUCAUGACCUUAUGUUCCGUUUCAAUAUGCACUUUGAAGUCAGAAUUAACAACAUUCAGAAACUAAUCGACGACACGAUCCCUCGGAAUAAAUCACAGAGUUUUGAUUUUAAACACUAUCAUACUCUCGAAGAAAUCUACGAUAAUCUGGAAGAGCUGGCCAAGAAAUAUCCCCACAGAGUGCAAGUCGUCGUAGGCGGCAGAACAUAUGAAGGACGCGAGAUCAAGGGCGUAAAGAUAAUCUCUAGUGAAGAGAAAUCUGGAAUCUUCAUUGAGGGUGGCAUUCAUGCCAGGGAAUGGAUUUCGCCAACGACUGUCAUGUACAUCCUGCAUCAACUAUUGACUAGCGAAGAUUCAGAUGUGAGAUAUGUAGCUGACAAUCAUAAUUGGUUUAUUUUCCCAGUAUUCAAUCCCGACGGAUAUGUGUUCUCGCAUGUUAAGGAUCGAUUAUGGAGAAAAACUCGCAAACCGUCCAGUGGUACCUGCAUUGGAUCGGAUCUCAAUAGGAACUGGGAUUAUCAUUGGAAUACUACUGGCACCAGCAACAAUCCUUGCGAUGACGAUUACCCCGGAAGCAAGCCAUUCUCCGAAAUAGAAAUAAAAAGCAUAUCCGAAUAUAUGAAAUCCAAUCUCCAUCAUUUCAAUUGCUAUAUUUCGUUCCACGGUUUUUCCCAACGAUUGAUGUUUCCUUAUGGCCAUACGGAUGAACGUAUUAACUCCUAUGAUGAAUUGUAUCGUGUCGGCUCGACAGCGCUUGAAGCUCUUAAACGGAGGUACAAUACCCAAUAUAUGAUUGGAAGUAUUGGCGAGUUUCACCAACUGAGCGGUCUUAGUGUAGAUUACGUCGCAGAUGUUUUCGAUAAACUCAUCGUGUAUAUGUACGAAUUGCGCGACAAGGGUGAAUACGGCUUCUUAUUGCCACCUGAGCAGAUUAUUCCAACUGGAGAAGAGGCUUUAGAUUCUCUUAUAGCUAUAUUUAAAGCAUUGUCAAGUGGAUAUAUAAAAAAUAAAAGGGAAACUGUAAUCAUCAUGUGGAAACUAAUAUUACUAUGUACGGUGGGCCUGGUGGCCGCCGAGAUGGCUACUUUUGAAAACUACAAGGUCUUCAAAAUUGCUGUGACUACACAGCCGCAGGUUGACCAGCUCAAUAUGUUGGCAGACGUUUCUGACGGAUUUUCCUUCUGGGCGGCACCGGCUGUGAACAAACAAGUGGACCUUAUGGUAGCCCCACAUAAAUUGCCCGAAUUCUACGAAAUGAUGGCGAAAAUCCGAGCACCCCAUGCAGUUCUUAUUGAGAAUGUUCAGGCAUUAAUUGAUCAGACGACGCCCCCGAGUGGAUUGACGAAAUUCGAUUUUAAAAACUAUCACACUCUCGACACAAUUUACAAGAAUCUGGAUGACCUGGCUCAGCAGUAUCCCGACAAGGUGCAGACUGUCGUGGGCGGUAAAACAUACGAAGGACGCCAGAUCAAAGGCGUCAAAGUUUCCUUUAAAGCCAACAAUCCCGGGAUCUUCAUCGAGGGUGGUAUUCACGCCAGAGAAUGGAUCUCUCCAGCGACUGUCAUGUAUAUUCUGCAUCAGUUGCUGACCAGCACCAAUCCGGAGGUCAGAGCUCUGGCUGAGAGCCACGAUUGGUAUAUCUUCCCCUCGUUUAAUCCCGACGGAUAUGUGUACACGCACACCACGAAUCGAUUAUGGAGAAAAACACGUAAGCCGUAUGGUACUCUCUGUUAUGGCAGCGAUCCCAACAGGAACUGGGGCUACAAAUGGAACGUCGGAGGCGCUAGCAAUUUCCCAUGUUCCGAAACUUACGCCGGAAGUGCACCGUUUUCCGAUGUUGAGACAAAGAGCAUGUCCGAAUAUAUCAAUUCUAUUUCCGACAAAUUUUAUGCGUAUCUCGCAUUCCAUAGUUAUUCGCAAUUAUUGAUGUUCCCGUAUGGUCACACAAAGACUCGUCUUGAAAACUACGACAACAUGUAUGCUAUUGGAUUAAACUCGAUUACAGCUCUCGCAAAGAGAUAUGGAACUAAAUAUAAAACUGGAAAUAUUGCCGAGACGAUUUAUGUGGCUUCCGGAAAUUCUUUGGAUUGGGUCAAAGGCACAUAUGAUAAACCUGUCACCUACAUUUAUGAAUUGCGUGAUAAAGGUCGUUACGGCUUUUUGUUGCCAUCUAAUCAAAUUGUCCCGACUGGAGAAGAGACUAUGGACUCCCUUGUAGCCAUGUUCAAAGAGGCGAAAUGUAAUUUUGGGGCCGUGUGUAAUUCUGUAUUUAAAUGCAAUGAACGUAACAGUAUCGGUUGCAAGUGCCUCUGUUUUACGGAAAGAGAAAUACGUAGUAACGGAAUCAUCAUGUGGAGAACAAUAGUAUUAUGUGCAGUCAUCGGCCUGAUAGCCGCCGAGAAGGCUACUUUUCACAAUUACAAGGUCUUUAGAAUUACUCCGGCCACAAACACGCACGUUGAAUUACUACGCCAAUUGACCGAGGUUCCUGAUGGACUUACUUUCUGGAAAGAACCGACUACCGUAAAUACGUAUGUUGAUGUUAUGGUAGCUCCACACAAGCUGUCCGAAUUUCACGAUCUAAUGGCUCAGAUUAAGGCACCUCAUCAAAUUUAUGUUGAAAACGUUCAGACACUAGUCGAUCAAACGACAAAUCGGUCGACGUCGAAGUCGUUCGAUUUUGAGAGCUACCACACUCUCUGGGAAAUCUACAAGAACCUGGAUGAUUUGGCCGAACAAUAUCCCGGCAAAGUAGAAGUUGUCGUGGGUGGCAGAACAUAUGAGGGACGUCAGAUCAAAGGCGUUAAGGUUUCUUUUAAGGCUAACAAUCCCGGGAUCUUCAUCGAGGGUGGUAUUCACGCCAUGGAAUGGAUCUCUCCAGCGACUGUCAUGUAUAUUCUGCAUCAAUUGCUGACCAGCACCAAUCCGGAGGUCAGAGCUCUGGCUGAGAGUCACGAUUGGUAUAUCUUCCCCUUGUUUAAUCCCGACGGAUAUGUGUACACGCACACCACGAAUCGAUUAUGGGGAAAAACACGUAAGCCGUAUAGUUCUCUCUGUUAUGGCAGCGAUCCCAACAGGAACUGGGGCUACAAAUGGAACGUUGGAGGCGCUAGCAAUUUUCCAUGUUCCGAAAAUUACGCCGGAAAUGCACCGUUUUCCGAUGUUGAGACAAAGAGCAUGUCCGAAUAUAUCAAUUCUAUUUCCGACAAAUUUUACGCGUAUCUCGCAUUCCAUGGUUAUUCGCAAUCAUUGAUAUUCCCGUACGGUUAUACAAAGACUCAUCUCGAAAACUACGACAAUAUGUAUGCUAUUGGAUUGAACUCGAUUACAGCUCUCGCAAAAAGAUAUGGAACUAAAUAUAAAACUGGAAAUAUUGCCGAGACGCUCGGUCAUUUGGCUUCCGGAAAUUCUAUAGAUUGGGUCAAAGGCACAUAUGGUAAACCUGUCACCUACGCUUAUAACUUGCGUGAUAAAGGUCGUUACGGUUUUUUGUUGCCAUCUAAUCAAAUUGUCCCAACUGGAGAAGAGACUAUGGACUCCCUUGUAGCCAUGUUUAAAGAGGCGAAAGCACGUGGCUAUCCCAAAAAAUAAUUAAGACUUAUUAAUUUUCGUAUAAAUAUUACUAUUAAUGGGAUACUUUUAUUUGACGAUCUGCUAAUUUUUCAUUUAAUAUUAUGUAAUCUAUAAUACAACAAUAAAUCUUAUUUUUAUUCAUA